AUGUCUAACAUAGGACUCCAAGUGCGUCAGGCAGUUCCACAGAUCGAUACAGUGGUAGCUGAUUAUGCAGUAGGUUAUAUUCAACAUGUUUCCAACGCUACAGAAGAUAGUGUUACUGCAUCUCAAAUUAACAUUGAAGAAGAAUUAAACUUCAUUUGCCAACUUUUAAAAGAUGCUGGGGGGAAGAAAGAACAGGUAGAGAAGCUAACCAAUAGUGUUGCCAGCUCAUUGAAAGAACAAUUGGCCAAAAAUUUAUCGAAAUUGGAGGUUCAAGGUGAUACAUCCAAGAGACUUUUAGAUCUUAGUUUGUUACAAGCUAAUACCAGUAAAAGAGAUAUUAAUACCAGUUUGGCCCUUUUGGGUGCUUCAAGAGAUAUCGAACAUACAGGUAGACAAGUGGAAAGUAGAGUUGAUAAGAAAAAGUUGGAGAAACAAGAGAGAAAGAUUGCAAAGAAAGUGGCUAAAAGAAAUAACCAAUUUGUUAAUUAUGAGGCUUCUAAAUUAUUGAAUUCAAAGAAAGAUGAAGAUUAUGACUCAUUUUAUUUGGCGAUCAACCCAUUGGAAUUAGGUACUUCCGGUGCUGGUAAAUCAAAGGAUAUAAAGAUAGACAACUUUGAUUUAUAUGUUGGUGAUGGUAAACGUAUUUUAAGUGAAGCAUCAUUAACCUUGGCUUACGGUAGAAGAUAUGGUUUGGUGGGUCAAAAUGGUAUUGGUAAAUCUACCUUGUUAAGAGCAUUAAGUAGAAGAGAAUUGGAUAUUCCAAGACAUAUAACUAUUUUACAUGUGGAACAGGAAAUUAGAGGGGAUGAUACUCCAGCUUUACAAAGUGUUUUAGAUGCUGAUGUUUGGCGUAAGAACCUUUUACAAGAAGAAUCCAAAAUUAACGAAAGAGUUGAAGAAAUUGAGAAUUUACGUAAAGAAUUUGAUGAGGAUUCUCUUGAAGUUAAGAAAUUAGAUAGUGAAAGAGACGAUUUGGAAAAUAGAUUGGCUCAAGUCAACGAAAAACUAUAUGAAAUGGAUAGUGAUAAAGCCGAAAGUAAAGCAGCUGCCAUUUUAUUUGGUUUGGGGUUCACUAAGGAAUCUCAACAUCAAGCUACAAAAUCAUUCUCUGGUGGUUGGAGAAUGAGAUUAUCAUUAGCACGAGCAUUGUUCUGUCAACCUGAUUUAUUGUUAUUGGAUGAACCUUCCAAUAUGUUGGAUGUUCCAUCUAUUACUUAUCUUUCUGAAUACUUAAAGACUUAUGAAUCUACAGUGUUGGUUGUGUCGCAUGAUCGUGCAUUCUUAAAUGAAGUGGCCACAGAUAUUAUUCACCAACAUUCUGAAAGAUUAGAUUAUUACAGAGGAUCUAAUUUUGAUAAUUUCUAUGCAACUAGAGAAGAAAGAAUUAAAAAUCAAAGAAGAGAAUAUGAAAAUCAAAUGGCUUAUAGAAAGCAUUUACAAGCUUUCAUUGAUAAAUUUAGAUAUAAUGCAGCCAAAUCAUCAGAAGCUCAAUCAAGAAUUAAAAAAUUGGAAAAAUUACCGAUUCUUGAGCCUCCUGAAGAUGAUAAGGUUGUUACUUUUAAUUUCCCUGAUCCUGAUAAAUUAUCACCACCUAUUUUACAAAUGUCUGGAGUUACAUUUGGUUUCUCUCCUGAUAAAAUCUUAUUCAAAGAUGUUGAAAUGGACGUUAAUAUGGAAUCACGUAUUGCUUUAUGUGGUGGUAAUGGUACUGGUAAGACUACAUUGUUGAAGUUAUUGAUGGAUCAACUUCUGCCUAUGGAGGGGAUGAUUUCAAGAAAUGGUAGGUUGAGAAUAGGAUAUUUUGCUCAACAUCAUGUUGAUGCUAUGGAUUUAACUUUAUCAGCAGUUUCUUGGAUGUCAGCAACUUUCCCUGGUAAAUCAGAUGAAGAAUACCGUAGACAUUUGGGUGCAUUUGGAAUAACAGGUUCUUUGGGUUUACAAAAAAUGGAACUUCUUUCUGGUGGUCAAAAAUCUCGUGUUGCAUUUGCUGCUUUAUGUCUUUCUCAACCUCACAUCUUAAUUCUUGAUGAACCUUCCAAUCACUUGGAUACUCAAGGUUUGGAUGCUUUAGCAGAUGCUUUGAUAAACUUCAAAGGGGGGGUGUUCAUGGUUUCCCAUGAUGUCACUAUCAUUGAUAGAGUAUGUAAUGAGAUUUGGGUGGCAGAAGACACAAAGGUUUACAGAUUCCCAGGGAAUAUCAAUGCAUACAAGAAACAUAUCUUAGAAUUAGCAGAUGCUGCAGGUGUUGUCAGAAGACAUUAA